AUGGUAGACAUGGUACAAGCGGUCCAAAAGGUCCACCUGGUGAUAUUGGUUUGCCUGGUUUUUCCUGGUGAGCCUGGUGACCCUGGUCUCCCUGGAUUAAUUGGACCACCUGGUUUAGAUGGUUUUUCAUUCAAAGGAGAACGUGGGCCUCCAGGUCUUCUCGGUCUUGAUGGUAAACCUGGUUAUGUAGGACAACGAGGAUUACCAGGAGAAGUUGGAGAACAAGGACCACGUGGUUCAAAUUAUGAAGGACAACCUGGCCUUGAUGGUUUACCUGGGAUUGAUGGUUUAGAUGGUGUGAAGGGUCCUCCUGGAAACCGUGGUGAAAUUGGUAAUAGAGGACCAGCUGGGCGUGGACAAGGUCCCAAAAUUGGAAUUCCAGGACAGAAAGGUACACGUGGAGAUUAUGGAGAACGAGGUCUUCCAGGUCUUCCAGGAAAACCUGGUCUUCCUGGUUUCAAAGGUCACAAAGGUGAUAAUUGUGGCUAUUGCAGUGAUGGUACUCCAGGAGAGAAAGGUGAAAGAGGUCCCACCUGGAAGAUUUGUGACCAUCUAUCUAUCUAUCUAUCUAUCUAUUAUCUAUCUAUCUAUCUAUCUAUCUAUCUAUCUAUCUAUCUAUCUAUCUAUCUAUCCCAUCUAUCAGUUAUACACGCUUAG